GUAGUGUGAUGUAUGUAUGUAUGUAGUGACUGGGAUUCAGACUAAGUCAUACUUAGGUCUCAUUGAAAUCAGUGUGAAAAAAUAUUAUCUGAAGUCCCAUGGAUUUCAGUGGACCUAAGUAUAAUGAACAGUGUUGAUCCAACCCUGUGUGUCUGUCUUUGUGAGUGUGUAUCUAUCUAUAGAUAUAUGCACACACACAGUUUAGCUGUUUAGCUAUAUCAUAGCCUCCUUAAAAGUCUGGUUCAAUGCAUGCUGGGCUUUGAUGAAAGUCUAAGUAAUGUAACAGAAGUUAUGGGGUGUGGGCAUAUUUUUGGACCAUAAUUAAUGAGCUUUCAGCUUGAUAAGAAGAUUCCAUACUUCUGCAUAAUAGUAAGUCUGUAAUGUUCGCCAGGCACUUGAAACAGAAAAGAAAUAUAGAAAACAAAUGUCGGCAAUCCAGCCCCACAAUGCUCAAAUCUCAUGAAAAAAAGGAAUGAGAACUUUUAUACAACCUCUGUUUUUUAGUGGUUACAGAUUUUCUUCUUCUUAGCAUUUGAGUACAGUAUAUUAGAAGCCUAUGAGAACUGAUAUCUUAUCGGUUGCCAACAGGAAGGCUGGACAAAGAACUGUACUAUGUGCCGUGAACUGCCAUUUGAAUGCCAGUCUUGGUUUUUUUGUUUUUUAAAAAAGUGUAUUUGUAACUUAAUAGUCUUUUAAUUAAAUACUAAUGACCUGCAAUGUGUGUUCUAUUUGCCAAUUAAAAGAAGUGUUUUAUUUCUGAAAAGUGUAUGUGUGCAUAUGUUAUACGCUAAAUAGUGCCGGGCCUUUUUUGGAAAGGAAAAGGUAAAGGUAAGGGACCCCUGACCAUUAGGUCCAGUCAUGACCGACUCUGGGGUUGCGGCGCUCAUCUCGCGUUAUUGGCUGAGGGAGCAGGCGUACAGCUUCCAGGUCAUGUGGCCAGCAUGACAAAGCCGCUUCUGGCGAUCCAGAGCAGCACAUGGAAACGCCGUUUACCUUCCCGCUGUAGCGGUACCUAUUUAUCUACUUGCACUUUGAUGUGCUUUCGAACUGCUAGGGUGGCAGGAGCUGGGACCGAGCAAUAGGAGCUCACCCCUUUGCGGGGAUUCGAACCACCGACCUUCUGAUCAGCAAGCCCUAGCCUAGGCUCUGUGGUUUAACCCACAGCACCGCCCGCGUUCCUAAUAUAAAAAUAGAUUUAAACGAAUAAUGCUGUAGUUUUCUCAGCCACAGACAGGUGGCACUGCGAACUACAGUGUGUUUGACAAACUGGGCUCUCAAAGUUGCUGGGCCAUUGCAGCUGUGUUGGAGGGUGAAGAGGAAACCAGAGAUGGAGGUGUGGAUGGGUGGCCCCAGGCCAGGGAGCAGCUAGCCUGGUCAGUAGCUAUUGCUUUGGGCAAAUCUAGCAGUCAAAAAGGGAUUGGUGUCAGAUGCAUCCUCUUGAAUCCUGCCUCUCUGCCUGUCCUCACAUGGAAAACCUGCAUCCUUUUUUGCUUCCCUUUCAGUUCAAAAGUUCUUUCCCUUAAUAUUGCCCAGUUUCAUGAAUAUCCUCUUUUCACAUCAGCUUUUUCACCCUUAAAGAUAAUGCAAUGGUUUUAUAAAGCUGUGGGGGUAGGUCCAUGUAGUUUACUUUGUAAAAAAAUAAAAUAAAAAUAAAUCCUCAGUGUCUUGGUAUGAGUACAGUACUUACCAAACAAACAUAGAAGAAUGUGUAAGGUGGUCUUUCAAUCUGCAAAGCAGCCUUGGUGAAUGAGGCAAUGGUUUCAGUCUACCAUUUGUGAUGUCAUAGAAGCUUCGCGACAACCCUGUGUGAACAAAAGCCACAUGUUUUCAAGGCAACACAUUUAAGAAAUGUAACAAGAGAGAGUCCUACAUCAUUUCUCCAUGUUCAGCUAACAUGAAGAACCAAAAGAUGUCAAAGGCUGCAAGCAUAGCGCACAGGAAGCGUUUGCAAAGUGUGCCUUUUGCAACAAAACUAUCGCCAGGGUCCCACCGGAUUGCAGAAACGUCAGAUCUUCACAAAUGCAAGACGGUUAGGCUCAGUGGUCACACGCUUAAGCCUGAGCUAGCUGGCCUAAUCGAAAAGACAUUGCAGGAAGCUGAUGUUUCGGGCACGGAGAAAGGCGCACAGAGGACAGAAGAAGACCUUAGCUGUCUUAAAGAGAUCAAGAAGAAAGUGUAUGACAAUAAAAAGGAUAAAGAAAGUGGUCGUGAGCAAGAUGAAUCUGUUAAAGUGGAAAUCAGUGAAAAACCGAAAGCAAAGGCAGACGCUGAAAUGGAAGACGUUCUUCUGGAGAUGAAGGUAUCUUACAACUUGGUUGUCUCUUACUUUAUGUUCCUCUUGCAGAAAGACUUGUCAUUUGUGGAGAUUGAUUUGAGAGACAAAGUCGAAGAGAAAACUGAAGAAAUCUUGACAGAGGAGAAGCCACAUGAAAAGGAAGAGGAAUCUCCUGAAACGCUGCCCGAAAGCAGCUGGCUGUGCUGUUUUCCCAUCUGGACGAGGCAGAAGAAGCGGAAGGAAAAACAGGAGUAG